AUGAAUGGAUUACGACCAUUGACAGUGGAUAUUCACAUGGAGCGAAUUAGAGGACCCCUCCAAACCAUUGAACGAGAUGGAGGAGUUAAAUUCGAACUCACGGUGCUUUCCCCUAACAUCGCUAAGUCCUUGUUGGUUGCACCAGUCAAAGCCAUCUUCCACAGAUUUUGGUUCGCCAAAGAUAAUCCCAAGAUCAGAUGCACUGUUCACGAUGGCACUGUUCAUACAGGAAGUAACCAGGCUCUAAUACAACAGCUUGGGGAGAUACAAUUUUCAAGGUUGCAUCCAAGAAACAAUGAAGAACGCCAGAAUAAGAUAUUGAGCCUUAUUCGAAGACUAAACAUAGCCAUCAAUGUUGCUUCUGCCCUGGAUUACCUCCAUCAUGAUUGCGAAACACCUACAGUUCAUUGUGAUCUAAAGCCACAGACAAGUAAUGUUCUUCUUGAUGAAGAUAUGGUUGCUCAUGUUGGUGACUUUGGACUAGCAAAGUUCCUUCUUGAAGCAUCAGAUAUGCCUCCAAAAAGCCAAACAUUGUCCAUUGGGCUAAGGGGUUCUAUUGGGUACAUUCCUCCAGAAUAUGGCAUGGGAGGCCAAGUUUCUGUACUUGGACAUAGCUGUAGCUAUGGGAUACUCUUGCUGGAAGUGUUCACAGGAAAAAGACCUACCGAUGAUACGUUCAAAGAUGGUUUAAGCAUUCACCAAUUCAUGGCGAUGGCUUUUCCUAAUCAUGUCAUGGAUAUAGUUGAUCCUUCGCUGUUCUUUGAAGAUGAUGAUCGAGCUUCCAAAAGCUUCCUUAAUGAGUGCAAUGCUUUGAGAAGCAUAAGACAUCAUAAUCUUCUUAAAAUCAUUUCUGCCUGCUCAAGCAUUGACCAUCAAGGAAAUGACUUCAAAAGUCUAGUUUUCGAGUUCAUGGCCAAUGGAAGUUUGGAGAAGUGGCUGCAUCAAAGAGAUGACGAAGAAUGCCAGAAUAAGAGGUUGAGCCUUAUCCAGAGACUGAACAUAGCCACUGAUGCUGCUUUUGCUUUGGAUUAUCUCCAUAACGAUUGUGAAACACCUAUAGUUCAUUGUGAUCUAAAGCCAAGUAAUGUUCUUCUUGAUGAAGAUAUGGUUUCCCAUGUUUGUGACUUUGGACUCGCAAAGUUCCUCUUUGAAGCAUCAAAUAUUCCCUCAGAAAACCAAACGAUGUGUACUUUGCUAGGGGGUUCUAUUGGGUAUAUUCCUCCAGAAUAUGGCAUGGGAGGCCAAGUUUCCAUACUUGGAGAUAUCUAUAGCUAUGGGAUACUCUUGCUAGAGUUGUUCACAGGAAAAAGACCCACUGAUGAUAUGUUCAAAGAUGGUCUAAGCAUUCACCAAUUCGUUGCAAUGGCUUUGCCCAAACAUGUCAUGGAUAUAGUCGAUCCGUCUUUGCUCUUUGAAGAUGAUGAUGGUGAGGAAAAUGAAAAUGACAUUGACGAGACUGAAAUCAUUGAAGUCAAUUGCCAAGUCAAGGCUGGAAGAAGAACAAAUGAUUGCUUGGUUUCAGUGAUGCAAAUUGGAGUCAUGUGCUCAAAAUUCUUACCAGGAGAGCGAAUGCUUAUGAAUGCGGUUGUCAACAAAAUGCAAGCAAUUAGAGAAUCAUAUCUCAAUUCCUAG